AUGUGGUUCUUAUUAAACCCUCCUGGGAAAGCUGCCGUCCACAUACAGAACAUAGACAAUUUUGAUUGGUUGUCCAAGUACAAUACAUUCAAGAAACAAAAUGCCAGCGAUCCGAGAUAUACUUCUGAAUUGAACUACCUCCGUUUCUACCUGCCAGAUGUCUUCCCCACUCUAAAUAAGAUUUUGCUGUUUGAUCAUGAUGUGGUGGUGCAACAAGAUCUCAGCACGCUAUGGAAUAUUAACAUGAAUGAAAAAGUAAUAGCAGGAGUUGGGACUUGCCAGGAAGGUGAAACUUCAUUUCGCAGGAUGGAUAUGUUCAUAAACUUCUCAAAUCCAUACAUUGCAAAGAGGUUUGAUGUCAAUGCUUGUACAUGGGCGUUCGGGAUGAACUUGUUUGAUUUGCAGCAGUGGAGGAGGCAUAAUUUAACUGGUGUCUAUCACAAUUAUUUGCAAAAGGGUUCCAACAUGCGAUUGUUUAGCACGGGCAGUCUGCCAAUAGGCUGGCUCACCUUCUAUAACAAAAUUAUGGUUUUGGACAGACGGUGGCACAUUCUUGGCCUUGGUUAUGACUUGGACAUUGACACAAAUAAGAUUGAACAGGCUGCUGUUAUACACUUUGAUGGGAUUAGGAAGCCAUGGAUGGACAUUGGUUUGGCAAGAUACAAGAGUUAUUGGUCCAAAUUUAUCAAUUUUGACCUCCCUCUUUUGCAACGUUGCAAUAUUCAGGCGUAG